UGUUGCAGCAUAUGUUAGAUAACCUGCCAGGAUAUGUCGAAAUGGUACAUAGUUUGGAAUAUUCCACAUAUGGGAGUGCGCUUAGGAACUGGGCAAGCUGAUUUAUGAUAACUAAGUUUUAAACUCCAACGACCAAAGGCAUAAGAAGUGGGAGCCACCGAGCUUGCAGUAUGAAGAACAACGUCACCCUUGCCACCAUCAGCAAAAACAUUACCAACAGCCUUCACUUCGGACUCGUGAACUUCAUCGGCAAUGAGUCGACCUUUAACUGUUCGCAUAAGCCAUCAGAUAAGCAUUUAGAUGCAAUUCCUAUCCUCUACUAUAUUAUUUUUGUGAUUGGAUUUCUUGUCAAUACUAUUGUGGUUACGCUGUUCUGUUGUCAAAAGGGUCCCAAAAAGGUGUCAAGCAUUUACAUCUUCAACCUGGCUGUGGCUGACUUGCUGCUGUUGGCCACUCUUCCUCUCUGGGCCACCUAUUACUCUUACAGAUAUGACUGGCUCUUUGGACCUGUGAUGUGCAAAGUGUUUGGUUCUUUCCUGACCCUGAACAUGUUUGCAAGCAUUUUUUUUAUCACCUGCAUGAGCGUUGAUAGGUACCAGUCUGUCAUCUAUCCCUUUCUGUCUCAGAGAAGAAAUCCCUGGCAAGCGUCUUAUAUUGUUCCCCUUGUUUGGUGUAUGGCCUGUCUGUCCUCAUUGCCAACAUUCUAUUUCCGAGAUGUCCGAACCAUUGAGUAUUUGGGAGUGAAUGCCUGCAUUAUGGCCUUCCCCCCCGAGAAAUAUGCCCAAUGGUCAGCUGGGAUUGCCUUAAUGAAAAAUAUCCUUGGUUUUAUUAUCCCUUUAAUAUUCAUAGCCACAUGCUAUUUCGGAAUCAGAAAACACUUACUGAAGACCAAUAGCUAUGGGAAGAACAGAAUAACUCGUGAUCAGGUCCUGAAGAUGGCAGCUGCUGUUGUCCUCGCGUUCAUCAUCUGUUGGCUCCCCUUCCACGUUCUGACCUUCCUGGAUGCUCUGGCCUGGAUGGGUGUCAUUAAUAGCUGUGAAGUUAUAGCAGUCAUUGACCUGGCACUUCCUUUUGCCAUCCUCCUGGGAUUCACCAACAGCUGCAUUAAUCCCUUUCUGUAUUGUUUUGUUGGUAACCGGUUCCAACAGAAGCUCCGCCGUGUGUUUAGGGUUCCAAUUACUUGGCUCCAAGGCAAGCGAGAGAGUGUGUCGUGCCGAAAAAACAGCUCCCUUAGAGAAAUGGAGACCUUUGUGUCUUAAACACCAGAGUGGAAUGCAUGUUCGCAACAUGGCUACUUGGUUCGAGGGCCCCCUGAAUGAUCAUUCAGUGCCUUUAGUCAAGGAGUAAGUUUCUCCCUUCAUGCAAUCUCUUCUCACUCUUAUAGAACAGAAAGCCAAAUGGACCUCAAGUGUCACCCAGUGACUUUCAGGAAUGGCCUGUUUCCUUCAGUUUCUGGGUAACAAUAGUGUCAUUGGGAGGACAGAACCAUGACCUCGAAGUCACUCAGGAGUUCUCUCCAAUGAUAAGUAAUAGCAAAUUGUGACUGGUGAUUUGGGGUUUCAGAUUUCUCCUUGACAGACGCUGAAGUUGGUUGUUGUUAUUGUUGGUUUUUAUAUUCAUUUUCAUCAGGCUUUCCUCUCGAA